CUCGGCCACUCACGCACGACCUCUGAUCAAGAUGACGGAAGUACGAAGAAGCAAGCGCCUCGCGGGAAGUGCCAUGCCUACCGCCAAGGACUCCCCGGUGAAGCGAACCAAGAAGGGCAUUCCUGCGAAGAAGGGCGCCAAGAAGGCUGCUGACGCGGACGACGAAAACGUUGGCAAAACGAACGACGCCGCCGUCGCUGUACCGGAGGACAAGAAAGAACCGGAAGGCGAGACUCAUGCCGUUGAUGCCGAAACCGAAAUGGCAAAUACUGCUGCAGAGGAUAAGGGACCUUCCAAGACCCUGAAAGUUGGGGACGUCGUGCCGAACGUGGCGCUCAAAAACGAAGACGAUGUGGAAGUGAAUGUGCAUGACCUUGUCAAGGAAAAGGGAGCGGUGUUCUUUAUGUUUCCCAGGGCUGAUACUCCAGGGUGCACCAAGCAAGCAUGCGGCUUCCGCGACGAGUACGAGAAGUUUAAGGCUGCAGGGUACAACGUGUUUGCUCUCAGUGGCGACAGCCCCAAGGCAUUGAACAAGUGGAAGGUAAAGAAGGAACUGCCAUAUAAGUUGCUCUCGGACCCGGCGCAUGCGUUGAUUGCGCCGUUUGGGAGUUCAAAGCCUGGGAAGAAGGUGCAGCGAUCACAUGUCAUCGUUGCGACUGGAGGCGCUGUCGUCGACAUCCAGGGCCAAGUAUCGCCUUUGGACAGCGUCGACAAGUCUGUCGCGUUUGUGACCAAGACCUAAGAAGCCCCCCUCGCACCACCACCGCAUCUUUCGCCAUCGUUCCAUUGUGAAUCCAUCUCGAGUCUGUGUAUUUGCUUCGACGAGUUCAUUUCUGCCGUUUUCG